CCCACGUCCCAUGGAAGAAGAAGGCAUUCCAAGCAAUCAACAGAGCAAAGAAGACUUGUCUAUUAGCAUCCAGCACAAGAGAUAGAAGCUUGGUGCGUACGCGUAUAUUUGCGCUUGAGGACGAGAAGCCUUGCGUAUUCCUUGCGCAGACUUUCUUCGAAAAUGAGAAGGUCGCCAUACUGAUCGGAGCCGCUGCUCAUCGCAUGCCGUGAGUAGCUAGAACAGAGCAGAGACCAGUCGACGGAAGUUGUAGCUGGUCGUGUUGAUUGUUUCUGAGUUGCCGACACAGAAACGACGCCGACGACCGAGACCAAGUCAUCGAGCAGGAGCUUCAGCAUCAGCUAAGGCGCGCUCUGGAGGAAGGGCCAUGUCGCUGAGUGUUGAGCUCAAGAAGAGCGAGACAACAGCUUCCUUCUUCACAAAUCUCGACCUCAUCGAAGGCCGCAUCCACCUCAAUCUCGCUUCUUCCCUCAGCGUCAGUGCUAUCGUCAUCAAGCUCGAAGGAAUCGCCAAGUCUGUGUGCUAUACUCAGCCGCAUCACGGCAAGUCAAGAGCCCGUGCACCAGUCCAAGAGAUCCAUAAAGUGCUCUACCUUACAGACUCGGUGUUUCCCGAUCCACAGCUCAAACAGACGUCCUCGGCGUCGUCUUUUACACUGCAAGAGGGCAAGCACAGCUGGCCAUUCAGCUUUCAAAUACCCAUCAAUAAUGAUUGCAAACAAGCAUCUCGCUCUCAGGGACAAAAUGCGCUCGGUGCCUUGCUGAAUGGACAAUCGCCCAUGUCGAGUUAUGACCAACAAGUGGAUUCCUAUCAGCAUGUCCAGCAGAUCCUACCACCGUCUCUUGCAGGCUCGGAAGAUGUCUGGGUACGGUAUUUUGUCAAGGCCGUGGUACAACGUCCCUCAAAACUGUCCCUCAACUAUCGCUCCUAUGCGCCCUUCUUGUUCCUACCCAUCGACAGGCCGCGUGCAGAUGAAGGCGCCAGUACGGCUUUCUUUGUAAAGCGUCAACAUACACUCAGUAUCCUCGAUGAUGCGAAACGACCACGCGGCUUGCUCGGUGCAUUUCAAGAACCCAAGAAACGCAUGUCUGAUACGAUUGCCAUUGAAAUUCGACAACCCAAUCCUCCUACCGUCGUCCCUGGCGUGCCAGCCAAUAUCGAACUUCUCGGUUACAUCGAGACGAAUUUUAAUGACUUGUCUGAUUUACGCAUCACGCACAUCUCCGUCUACUUCCUCGCCACAACGCGCAUCAAGGCGCAAAACCUAAAACGUACAUUGGGUGGCCGACUCCCCGUGUAUGCAACAGACCUCAAUAUCCCUUUCAAGCGCGCUUCAGGACCCACAGUACCAGCGUGUCACGUACACAUGGCUAGACUCCCCACACCACUCAUUGUGGCGACGGAUUGUGCACCGACGUUUGUCACAUGCAAUAUUUCACGAACGUAUGAGUUUGAAUUCAACAUUACGGUUCAGCAUGGACCGAGUAAAGCGACCAUUCAGCUCAUCUCACCCAUUGAAGUCUUGAGUGGCGUGAGUGCGCCACCACCACAAGAACGGGGCGAUGCGGUUGUCGCUGAGGGUGAAGGACCACCGCCUGCGUUGCCUAUUCGCCCACAAGUCAAGCGUAUUGUGAGCGCAGACGGUCAACAGGGGGAAGAAUCAUUACCGUCCUAUGAAGAAGUCAGUCAAAUUGGUCAAGGACCUUCUGCACGUCCUGCCAAUUUAGGUUCGUCACGCGCACUCAGACACAGACGAACGACGUAUGGCGUUGCAGAUUCAUAUUUUGAGCAUCCGGAGCGAUAUGAUUAAUGGAUUGUAUAGGUACUUAUUAUGCUAGUUGUUGUCGUAAUCUUUCAAUUUCCGUUUCUUUACCCGGUGCAAGUUGCGCAAGGGUCGUGCCUUGUGAUAGGAACCGAUGAGCAACGAGAAAAGUGCCGAGAUCAUACAACUUGUGUAGGAGCGGUCUGCGUGUCGUUCCUUUGCAUUCAUGUAGUAGAAUGAGACUAAACACAAGAGAAGCAUAGCGCGCUGUCAAGUGA